AAAAUGAUUGCAAUGUUGAAAAAUUUAAGCAAUAUAUUGAAGAGAUAGAUUUGAGGAUUUGCCAACAAGAGGAGGCAAUUAUUAUUAUUGGCGAAACAAGAGAAGGAAAAAGCACUAUAUUAAACUAUUUAAUCGGAAUUCCAUUGUUCGGUAAAAGAAGUGCUGGUAGAUUUAAAAUUUAUGCUAAUGACUCCCCAAACGGUGCGAAGAUUAGUGCCGGAUCUGUUUCACAAACUUCCUUACCUUCAAAGCAUGGAGAGUACUGGGAUUGUCCUGGUUUUGGAGAUACACGUAGCUCUAUUCAGGAUAUUGUAAAUGCUUAUUCAAUUUAUAUGUUAGCAAAAUGUGUAAAAAAAUUAAAGAUUUUAGUUGUCGUUUCUGAAAAUACAAUUCAAGAAGAGAGUAAAAAAAAGUUUUUAAAUCUAAUUAAAAACGUAGGCGAAAUUUUUAAAAAUAAUGAUGAUUUAGUCCAAGGGUUAUGCCUAUUGGUGACAAAAAAUAAAGAUCUUGAUUCUAAAGCAAUGACAGAAAUUUUAGAUGAACUUAUUAAAGAGAGAGAAAACCAAACAAAUUUCAGUUCAUCACAAAGAACAAUACUCGAAUUUUUAUCCUCUCACGACAAUCAAAUUGCCUUUUUCAACGCUCCCAAUAGAGAAGGACCGAUUUCUGAUGAUGAUAAAAAUUCUAUCUUGGAAACAAUAAGGAAUACGUCUUAUAUUAAAGACCCAGAGCCAAAUAUCUAUACUAUAUCUGAAUCAGAGCUUUUUAUCAGAGAUCUAAUAAAAAAGUUUCAUAUCGACAUAGAAAAAUUAAUAUUAAAGUUUUGUCUGAAAAUUCAGAACUACCUUGAAGAACUUAUAGACAAACAUAGAGGUACAAUUAAAGAAUUAAGAAAGUUUCUAACGGAACUUUCUGAUAAAUUGGAGAUUAUAUUUAAAGAUCCUCAUCGUUUUGAAGAUGAUCUUUGCCGGAUUGUUUCAAUCACUGAACAUUUACAAAAAAAUGAUAUCAAAGAAGAAAUUUCAAAGAAAAUAUCUCAAUUAAACUUUAUUAAACUUGUUAAGCCAAAAUCACUUGAGUUUCAGGGCAAUACAGAUAGUUUGUGUUCUUUGAUAUCUAAACCCAUUCAAGAUAUAAACACACUAACGACUUUGCCUUCUAAAAAAGAGUGCAAACAAGGGCAAGUGUUAACUAUUAAAGGCAUCAUUAUUGGCACUGAAGACCUUAUUUCUGUUAGCAAUUAUCAAAGAUUUUCUGAAAUAAACGUAUAUUGCCUAAAUAGUUUAUUUAUUGAUGAGGAUAUAAUUGCGCCAGGGGUUAAUUUGUCAUUUAUAUCUCCUCGGUGGUAUGUUAUAGGUAAAAGACGAAUUAACUUGCAAGGUCUUUCUGGCCCUUCACAUAAGACAAGUAAAGCAAAAAAUGGAAAGACUGAUCAAAGAGGUGCAAAGAUUGAAGUUGAAAAUAUUAAUAAAGAAAAAGAGGCAAGUAAAGAAAUGAAUGGAGAAAAUGGUUUACCUGGAUUACCUGGUCACAAUGGAGGACAUUUUUAUGCUAUAGGAAAUUACUUUUUUGAUCUCUCUUCAUUAACUAUUAAUGUUAGCGGUGGAAAUGGUGGUCAAGGACAAGAUGGUGGAGAUGGAGCCAAGGGGCUAAGCGGCUCUGAUCAUGUAAAAACUUUUGUAGAAGAAAGAUUGGAAAAAGUACUAGCUUCGAGACUAAAACUUUCAGGUGAUAGUAGACAAAAAAUUGCAAACCUUUUUAAUCCUACUAUGUUGUCGAUUAAAGGAAAUUCUGAUUCCGCAGCGACUGCAAAUCUUCUUAAGCGUACUAUUUUGUUAAAUGAUAUGUAUUUAGAAACAUAUGAAGCAUGUGAUAAAGGCCAAAAAGGAGGGAAUGGUGGUCAAGGAGGAAAAGGUGGAUAUAAAGGAAAUACUGGUUCCGUAAUGUUUGCUAAUUAUGACUCAUUAGUUGAAAAACCUGUUGUUCUUAAAAGGGAAGGCAAAGAUGGUAUAAAUGGAAAAAGAGGAUCGCCAGGCUCUGGAGGAAGAAAUGGACAUACAUAUCGCGGGAUAUAUCUUAGUGAAAAAGUAUUGCCUGGACUUAGAGGCUACAAAGAACUUAAUACCCAAUCUACAGAAUCUACUAAUGGUAUUAGUGAGCCAGCACGUGCUUUCGGAGUUGCAGGAAGUACUGCAUUGAUGGUGUUUAAUGGUGUUUGUGAAACAGCAGUGCAAGGAGGAACAGUGAUAUCAGGGAGAGCAAUUGGUGGUAUUGUUACUGCUGGAGCAUCAUUUGCUUUUACAGCUCAAGCAUUAGCAUCUAUUGUAAGUUCACAUUUCUCAAGUGGUUGGGAAAAAAAGCCAUAUAUAGUACCUAAUGUAGAAUUCGCUUCUGAAGGAAAAUCAAUUAUCCUAUCAAAUAAUACUAAUAUUAUUCGUCCUUCUGAUAAUUCUCCAAUAAAUGAAAAAGCAUGUGAAAGAAAUUCUAAUUAUAAUCAAUUUUAUGCUAAAAAAAAGGAUCAGAAAUUUAUUCAAAAACUGCAAUAUUCAGGAGAGGAAAAAGAGUUGUAG